UUCAAAUAUUUUUGUUUCAUUCGUGGGAGUUUUGAUUCAAAUCGAUGGAAAUUGAAACAUAUUUUUGAUUUGAUUUGAAAAACAAACUUUGUAAAACAAAAUUUCCAUCCAACCUCUUUAUUAACACAUUUUCUUUUGUUUUUGUGUUUGUUUUGACCGAAAAACCAAACCAAAACAAAUUCUUACGGAUCUCAAAUUUUUGUUUUGUUUUUGUUUGUUUGUGUGUGUGGGUGAUAGUCAUCGAUCGAUGACAAGUGCGUGUUUUUAACAUCGUUAGUUGAUGAUAGUUUAAUUGAAACAACAACAAACAAGAAACAAGAUAAAAAAAAAUGUCAAACAUUGUGACAAGUGAUUCAAAAGCACCUGUACGUGAAGUACGUCGUGUACAAUUUGGUAUAUUAUCACCGGAUGAAAUACGACGAAUGUCAGUUACUGAAGGUGGUAUACAAUUUGCUGAAAUCUAUGAAAAUGGACGACCAAAAAUUGGUGGUCUUAUGGAUCCACGACAAGGUGUUGUUGAUCGAACAUCAAGAUGUCAAACUUGUGCUGGUAAUAUGGUCGAAUGUCCGGGACAUUUCGGUCAUUUAGAAUUAUCCAAACCAGUAUUUCAUAUUGGUUUUUUAAAUAAAACAAUAAAAAUAUUACGUUGUGUUUGUUUUUAUUGUUCAAAAAUGUUAAUAUCACCAACAAAUUCAAAAAUUAAGGAAAUUGUUGCCGAAACAAAAGGAAAUCCACGUAAACGUUUAGCACAUGUUUAUGAUCUUUGUAAAGGAAAAAAUAUCUGUGUAGGGAUGGAUGAUAAAGAUUUGGAUAAAGAAAAUAAUAAUAAUGAUUAUAAUAAUGAUAAUAAUAAUGAACAAUUAUCAUUGAAAAAAAAGAUAAAUACACAUGGUGGUUGUGGUCGUUAUCAACCACAAAUUAAACGUGAAGGUCUUGAUCUUUAUGCUGAAUGGAAACAUUUGAAUGAAGAUUCACAUGAGAAAAAAAUUGCUCUGACUGCUGAACGUGUACAUCAAAUUUUUAAAGAUAUGUCGGAUGAAGAAAUAACAAUACUUGGUAUGGAUCCAAAAUAUGCCCGGCCAAGUUGGAUGUUAGUAACGGUAUUACCUGUACCACCAUUAUGUGUACGACCUGCAGUUGUUAUGUUUGGUUCGGCACGUAAUCAAGAUGAUUUAACACAUAAAUUAGCCGAUAUUGUUAAAACAAAUAAUGAAUUAAUAAAAAAUGAACAAAAUGGUGCUGCAACACAUAUUAUUGCCGAAAAUGUUAAAAUGUUACAAUUUCAUGUAGCAACAUUUGUUGAUAAUGAAAUACCGGGUAUACCACGUGCACAACAAAAAUCCGGUCGCCCAUUAAAAUCAAUCAAACAACGUUUGAAAGCAAAAGAAGGUAGAAUUCGUGGUAAUCUUAUGGGUAAACGUGUUGAUUUUUCUGCUCGAACUGUUAUUACACCGGAUCCAAAUCUUCGUAUCGAUGAAGUUGGUGUUCCACGUUCAAUUGCACAGAAUCUAACAUUUCCGGAAAUUGUUACACCAUUCAAUAUUGAUCAACUUAAAGAACUUGUUUGUAAAGGUAAUAAUCAAUAUCCGGGUGCAAAAUAUAUUAUACGUGAUAAUGGUGAACGUAUUGAUCUACGAUUUCAUCCACGGCCAUCCGAUUUACAUUUAGAAUUUGGUUAUAAAGUUGAACGUCAUAUUCGUAAUGGUGAUGUUAUUGUAUUUAAUCGACAACCAACAUUACAUAAAAUGAGUAUGAUGGGUCAUAAAAUUCGUGUAUUACCAUGGUCAACAUUUCGUUUUAAUUUAUCUGUAACAACACCAUAUAAUGCUGAUUUUGAUGGUGAUGAAAUGAAUUUGCAUGUACCACAAUCAUUAGAAACACGUGCCGAAAUUGAACAAUUAGCUAUGGUACCAAGAAAUAUUAUAACACCACAAUCAAAUAAACCUGUUAUGGGUAUUGUACAGGAUACAUUAACUGCUGUACGUAAAAUGACUAAACGUGAUGUAUUCUUAACACAAGAUCAAAUGAUGAAUUUAUUAAUGUUUUUACCAACAUGGGAUGGUAAAAUACCAAUGCCUUGUAUAUUGAAACCAAUACCAUUAUGGACUGGUAAACAAUUAUUUUCAUUAAUUAUACCGGGUCAUGUUUCAUUAAUACGUAAUCAUUCAACACAUCCGGAUGAUGAAGAUGAAGGUCCAUAUAAAUGGAUAUCACCAGGUGAUACAAAAGUUUUAAUUGAAAAUGGUGAACUAUUAUCUGGAAUUGUUUGUGCAAAAACUGUUGGUAAAUCAGCUGGAAAUUUAAUGCAUGUUGUAUUUCAAGAAAUGGGACAUGAAAUUUGUGGUCUAUUUUAUUGGCAUAUACAAACAGUUAUUAAUAAUUGGCUGCUAUAUGAAGGUCAUUCAAUUGGUAUUGGUGAUACAUUUGCCGAUCCACAAACAUAUCAUGAUAUACAGGAAACAAUUAAAAAAGCUAAACAAGAUGUAAUUGAAGUUAUUGAAAAAGCACAUAAUGAUGAAUUAGAACCAACACCUGGUAAUACAUUACGACAAACAUUUGAAAAUCAAGUCAAUCGUAUUCUAAAUGAUGCACGUGAUAAAACUGGUGCAUCAGCACAAAAAUCACUUUCAGAAUUUAAUAAUUUCAAGGCUAUGGUAGUUGCCGGAUCAAAAGGAUCGAAAAUUAAUAUAUCACAAGUUAUUGCCUGUGUUGGUCAACAAAAUGUUGAAGGCAAACGUAUACCGUUUGGUUUUCGUAAACGUACAUUACCACAUUUUAUUAAAGAUGAUUAUGGUCCUGAAUCACGUGGUUUUGUUGAAAAUUCUUAUCUGGCCGGUUUAACACCAUCAGAAUUUUUCUUUCAUUCUAUGGGUGGUCGUGAAGGUUUAAUUGAUACGGCUGUAAAAACUGCCGAAACUGGUUACAUUCAACGACGAUUAAUUAAGGCUAUGGAAUCUGUAAUGGUUACAUAUGAUGCAACUGUUCGUAAUUCAAAUGGUCAAGUUAUUCAAUUACGUUAUGGUGAAGAUGGUUUAGAUGGUGGUCAUGUUGAAUUUCAAAAUCUACCAACAUUAAAACCAAAUGAUCGUCAAUUUCGUGAACGUUUUCGUUUUGAUGCAUCGAAUGAAAAAUAUUUACGAAAAAUUUUCAGUGAAGAUGUUGUUAAAGAAUUAUUGGGCAAUCCACGUUCAUUAUCUGAAUUGGAACAGGAAUUUGAACGUUUACAAAAAGAUCGUGAUACAUUACGUGGAUUAUUUCCAACUGGUGAUUCAAAAGUAGUUUUACCUUGUAAUAUAAAUCGUAUGAUUUGGAAUGCACAGAAAAUUUUUCACGUUAAUAAACGUAUUGCUACGGAUCUAUCACCAUUAAAAGUAUUGACUGGUGUUGAAAAUUUGGUCAAUAAAUUAACAAUUGUACCCGGUGAAGAUCCAUUAUCGAUAAAAGCCAAUCAAAAUGCUACACUUUUAUUUCGUUGUUUAUUACGAUCAACAUUAUGUACGAAAAAAAUAACCGAACAAGAUCGAUUAAGUUCAGAAGCAUUUGAUUGGUUAUUAGGUGAAAUUGAUUCAAAAUUUCAUCAAGCACAAGUACAACCAGGUGAAAUGGUCGGUGCAUUGGCUGCACAAUCAUUAGGUGAACCAGCCACACAGAUGACAUUGAAUACUUUUCAUUAUGCUGGUGUAUCGGCUAAAAAUGUAACAUUAGGUGUACCACGUUUGAAAGAAAUUAUUAAUAUAUCAAAAAAACCAAAAACACCAUCAUUAACUGUAUUUUUAACUGGUGCAGCUGCACGUGAUGCUGAAAAAGCUAAAGAUGUAUUAUGUCGAUUAGAACAUACAACAUUAAGAAAAGUGACAGCUAAUACGGCAAUUUUUUAUGAUCCAGAUCCAUUGAAUACUGUUAUACAUGAAGAUCAAGAAUUUGUUAAUGUUUAUUAUGAAAUGCCUGAUUUUGAUACAGCACGUAUAUCACCAUGGUUAUUACGUAUCGAAUUAGAUCGUAAACGUAUGACAGAUAAAAAAUUAACAAUGGAACAGAUUGCCGAAAAAAUUAAUGCCGGUUUUGGUGAAGAUUUAAAUUGUAUUUUCAAUGAUGAUAAUGCUGAAAAAUUAGUACUACGUAUACGAAUAAUGAAUCCGGAGGAAAAAUCAUCAGUUGAAGAAGAAGAACAAAUUGAUAAAAUGGAAGAUGAUGUAUUUUUACGUUGUAUUGAAUCAUCAUUAUUAAGUGAUAUAACAUUACAAGGUAUUGAACAGAUUUCAAAAGUUUAUAUGCAUCUACCUACAACCGAUAAUAAAAAACGAAUCAUUAUAACUGAAACGGGUGAUUAUAAAUCAAUUGCUGAAUGGCUUCUUGAAACUGAUGGUACAUGUUUAAUGCGUGUAUUGGCCGAACGUGAUGUUGAUCCAGCUCGUACAUAUUCGAAUGAUAUUUGUGAAAUAUUCUCUACAUUAGGUAUUGAAGCCGUACGAAAAGCAGUGGAAAAAGAAAUGAAUCAUGUUAUAUCAUUUGAUGGUUCAUAUGUCAAUUAUCGUCAUUUAGCUUUACUUUGUGAUGUAAUGACAGCUAAAGGACAUUUAAUGGCUAUAACACGUCAUGGUAUUAAUAGACAAGAUGUUGGUGCAUUAAUGCGUUGUUCAUUUGAAGAAACAGUUGAUGUAUUGAUUGAUGCUGCAAUGCAUGCUGAAGUUGAUUAUCUUAAAGGUGUAUCGGAAAAUAUUAUUGUCGGUCAAUUGGCUAAAAUUGGUACCGGUUCAUUUGGUUUAUUAUUGGAUCCGGAAAAAUGUAAACUUGGUAUUGAAAUACCAACAAAUUUACAUGGACUUGGAACUGGUCUAUUUUAUGGUAUGGAUUCACCAUCGAUGGCUGGAUCAGGAAUGUCACCUCAAAUGACACCGUAUGGUGUUUCAACACCAGCAUAUGCUUUACCAUGGGCUUCAGGUGGAAGUGGUGUCGGUGUUUCUCUUGGUAUGACACCGGCGGCAGCAGGUUUUUCACCAUCAGCUGCAUCCGAUGCUGGAUUUUCACCCGGAUAUUCACCAAGUUGGAGCCCUGGCGGUCUUGGUAGUCCUGGAUCACCAUCAAGUCCAUAUCUUCCAUCACCAAGUGGUCCAUUAUCACCAUCUUAUUCACCGGCAUCACCAAAUUAUAUGCCGAUGUCACCGCAUAUUGGUGUAGCUAGCCCAUCAUAUUCACCAACAUCUCCUUCCUAUUCACCUACUUCACCUUCGUAUUCGCCAACAUCGCCGUCAUAUAGUCCAACAUCACCAUCAUAUUCACCUACUUCGCCUAAAUAUUCACCAACAUCACCAAAUUAUUCGCCAUCAUCUCCUUCCUAUUCACCUACUAGUCCAUCUUAUUCACCUACUUCACCUUCAUAUUCUCCAUCGCCUUCGUAUAGUCCAACAUCGCCUUCGUACAGUCCAUCAUCACCAAAUUAUUCACCAUCAUCGCCUUCGUAUAGCCCAUCUUCACCAUCAUAUAGUCCAUCGUAUACAUCACCGUAUGGCAGUUCUUCACCAUCAUAUGCACCGUCUUCACCGAAAUAUUCACCUGGUGCCGCAUCCAGUAGUUAUUCACCAUCAUCGCCAUCAUAUCAGCCAUCAUUUUCUCCGCGAUAUUCAUCAUUAUCGCCUAAAUAUUCUCCUUCGUCGCCAUCUUAUUCACCAUCAUCACCGCAACCGUAUUCACCGGGUGCAAGUAGUGGAUAUUCACCAUCUUCACCACCAUAUGGUCGUUCUGGUCCAGAUAGUGGAGUUGGUGGUACAGGUUCAUCAUCCGUUUAUUCACCAACAUCACCUACUUAUUCAGGUGUCGGUAGUGGUCGUCCUUCUGGACCAGGUGGUACUAGUACAGGAUAUUCACCAACUAGUCCAACAAGAAAUUAUUCACCAACAUCGCCAACCUAUUCACCACAUGAAUCUAGUUAUUCACCAACAUCACCAACAUCUUAUUCGCCAACAUCACCAUCCACUUAUUCUCCAACAUCACCAAAUUAUGACGAAUAAUAAUUUUUCCAGAAUGUUUUUUUGUUUGUUUGUUUUUGAAUGGUUUUUAAAUGAGCAUUUUUUUCAUAUAUAAUCAUUUGUAAGAAUGAUAAUCUUGAAUGAAU